GUUUCUUAUCAAACAGCAUCUAGCGUUCGACUCUUAAGCAACUCCACUUCCAGUCUUCAAAUCAAGCUCCUAAAAUGGCAUUCAAGUUUGUGGCCCUUCUCGCCCUGAUCGCCGCCGCUAGUGCCGGAGUCGUCCUGCCCGCCGCCCAGGUGUACCAUGCUGCUCCCGCCCAGGUGGCCACCUAUGCCGCCCCUGCUCCCGCCGUCCUGAAGACCGUGGCCCAUCCGGUGCUGGCCAAGAGCGACGAGGAGUACGAUCCGCAUCCGCAGUACAAGUACGCCUACGAUGUGCAGGACUCGCUGUCCGGUGACUCCAAGAGCCAGGUGGAGGAGCGGGACGGGGAUGUGGUCCGCGGAGAGUACUCGCUGAUCGACUCCGAUGGAUUCAAGCGCACGGUCCAGUACACCGCCGAUCCCAUCAACGGGUUCAAUGCCGUGGUCAACCGGGAACCGCUGGUCAAGACCGUGGUGAAGACCGUGGCUCCAGUGGCCACCUAUGCCGUUCCCGCCUACCACCACUAAACGUGGCCUGAUUUCACCCCUUUUUGUUGACCUAGUUGUAUGUUUAGUUUGGUGUUGAAUCACAAAUAUAUGUAUUUUUGUUUAAAUUGAAAAAAAAAUAUCCCCUCUAUGUGGUAUCUUAAAUCGCAGGAAGUUUUGGGCAGUAAUAAUUAAAAAGUGAUUCUUUAUAAUCCUAUAACCAACAACGCGCUACAAAAUACGUUUCCCUUUCUCAAAAUUGUGACCUUAGAUAUUUAUUGCCACUUUUAAGAGUUAACAUUAUUUGCAAAGCCUUUUAUUAUCUUGGUAAAUAUUUCAGCAAGACAGGUUUUUAAUUUUCAAUUUUAUAAAGAUUAUAUGCGUUUAGAUUUGUUUGCAAAUUGUAAGGUCCUAAUCCCGCACUACCUUUAAACUUUGAGAUUAUGCGUAUUUGA